AUGGCGGUCGGUAAACUGACCUUCACGAAGGCGGAGCGAGAGAAGCUAGCUGAAGUCCUCUGGCUGCUCAACUGGAUUUCCGUGAUGACGGGAGCAAUCCUCUUCGGCCUCGGCUUAUUCCUCAAAGUAGAGAUUCAGAAGUGGCAGGAAGUGAUGUCCGAGCAGGGGAUCCUCUACGUGCCGCACAUGCUGAUCACCACGGGACUGGCGGCCUGCUGCAUCAACUUCCUGGGUGGGAAGAUCUGCCUGGACUGCGCUGACACUAACAAGUUCCUGCGCUGGAAGCUGGUGAUGAUGCCGUACAUCAUCUGCACCUUCUUCUUCACCUCCUGCGUCCUGGCAGGGGCGCUUAUGUGCUAUGGCAUCCGCAGCCAGCUGGAGGAGUCGCUGUUCCUGGGCCUGAGGAACGCCAUGCGGUACUAUAAGGACACGGACACGCCGGGCCGCUGCUACCUAAAGAAGACUGUGGACCUGCUGCAGAUCCAGUUCCAGUGCUGUGGGAAUGCUGGGUACCGGGACUGGUUCCAUGUCCAGUGGCUCAGCAACCGCUACCUGGACAUGACCAGCAGCCGUGUGGCGGACCGCCUCAGGAGUAACGUGGAGGGGAAGUACCUGAUGGACGGCGUUCCCUUCAGCUGCUGCAGCACGUCGUCCCCUCGGCCCUGCAUCCAGCAGCAGCUCAGUGACACAUCGGCACAUUUCAACUACGACGAGCAGAGCCAGCAGCUGAACCUGUGGAGGCGAGGCUGCCGACAGGCGCUGAUGGAUCACUACACCGGCAUCAUGCAGUCUAUCGGCCUCACCGUGCUGCUUAUCUGGCUGUUUGAGCUGCUGGUCCUGACGGGGGUCCGGUACCUGCAGACGGCCAUGGAGAACGUUCUGCGGCUCGGGGAUCCAGAUUCUGAGUCUGACGGUUGGAUUCUGGAGAACAGCCUGGCAGAAACUGCCCGCUCCAACUUUAACAUCAUCAAGAACCUGAGGAAGUGCUACCAGGUCGACGACGACCCCAACAUUAACAUCCCAGCCACCGCCGCCGAGCAGGAAGUGCCGUCCCGGCAGCAGAUCCCUAUGAGCAGUUAGCGUCAGGACUUCUGAAAGUGACUGCAACGCCUCGGGUUUAUAACCUCCAGAGACGCUGCGUCCACUCCUCGUACAUUCAGUACGUUUUGGCUGAAGAGUGGAAGAAGAAGCUUCAGAUAUGAAGUUUGAACAAAU